CCUCGGCCAUGGGACAUCAUCGACGAACAUGGCCCGGGUGCGCCUCUGCUCGUUCUUCCAGCACGAAUCCGCCCUGACGACCGCAAUGGCUUCCCUCAUGCGUCCCUCUGUCCUCCGCCAGGCGCCCGCCGCGUCUCAGCGCGCCCUGUCUGCCUUUGCGCGCCCCACCGCGCUGGCCCAGUUCAAGCCCGCCUUCCAGACCUCCACGCGGGUCGCCGCCUUCCACGCAACGCAGCGCAACCAGAUCCUGCCGCCGCUGCCGCAGACGAUUGUUGGCACCGCAAACGAGCCCGUUGCUGUCCCCACGCCCGACUCCAGCCAUGGAUCCUACCACUGGAGCUUUGAGAGAAUCGUCUCCGCCGGGCUCAUCCCCCUCACAAUCGCGCCCUUCGCCGCCGGCUCGCUGAACCCCGUCACCGACUCGAUUCUCUGCGCCCUGCUCGUCGUCCACUCGCACAUCGGUUUCGAGGCCUGUAUCAUUGACUAUUUCCCCAAGAACCGCGUGCCCCGCGUCCUCGCCGCGGCCAACUGGGCGCUUCGUGCCGGAACCGUGCUUCUGGGCAUUGCUCUGUACUCGUUCGAGACCAACGAUGUUGGUGUUACGGAGGCCGUUAGGAGGCUUUGGACCGCAUAGAGAUCUAGAAGAAGGUGUUUGUGGAUAUGAGGAGCUUGUGAGGAAUACAUGUGCUAUUAGGAAUAAGCAAAUACGCCAAUUGUAACUUCUUGCGUGUCUUACUGUGCGUUGGAAUAGUCUGAGUGAUUCGAUUAUAAUGGCCACUGAUAUAGGUGCACGCUGAACCGGUUGGUGCAGAUGUGUUUCGUUCAUAUCAGCCGUGUAUGCCAAUCUGAGUCAGUCACCAUUACCACUGCGCCCAUACAUCCCGCAUGUGCCUUCCAGGCCUCAGAAGUGCCCGCUGCCGAUCCUAUCAGCGGACCGCAACCGCACGAUCUUUAUGCGGUGGUCACGUGUCGUUGGGCUGUAGAAGUCGCCUACGAGUAAUGUUCUGUACACUAUUCUCGCUCUCAACACGAGGGCCAAGC